AUGAAAGUGCCACGAACAUCGAUCAAAUUAAGGUCUAGAAGGAAUAUGGCUGCGCCGUACCGUCGUGUUGGCAAAUGUAACGAUAAGCCACAUAUUUGGCCUAAACCCGAUCAUUUACCUAUAACAUCGGCUUGGGGUCAACGUAUGCGUUUGGCUCUAGCGAGUGAUUUACUCCGCGGACGUUGUAGAGGUGUUGACGCCGCCUUGUUUUCCUUGCACGCACAUUUGGCUGCGAACAAUAAAGCAUUACAAGAGGCCUGCACAUUAUUGGAAGGACAGCUCCCUGAUCUCGAAAAACUGGCGGAUCUACGUGAACUCAAAAAUAAGGAGCUUGAGAUGGAACUGUCUCGUGUACGGAGCGAUUUGGAGAGUACACGGACUCGUGUUGUGGAGGCCGAGCGGACCGCUGCUGAACAAACGGCCAUCGCUCAGAAGGAGAGGAGUGACGGAGAACAAGCCAGGGAACAACUGAGACUGGCCAACGACCAGCUUAAUAUACUACGGGAGCGUAUCGAAAACCGUGAGGACUUAAUAUCAGAGUUGGAAGCCAGAGUGAGUAAGUUGGAGGGUGAGGCUGCGGCGAGGGAUGCGGCGAUGGGUGGAGCUGCGAGGAGGAUGCGAGCCUUACAAGAGGAGGCCGCCGCAUUGAGGACCAAAGCACACGCCCACCACGCAGCAGCCGUCAAACUACAAGCGGAACUAGCAGCCGCUCAGGAAGAGACGAGUGCAGCCCACGAGGCGCACGCGGCGGCCGCUGCCUGGUGGAGGACCCGGGAGACGAAGGCGGACGCCACUAUGAGACAACAGGCCAAACUCAUUGACUUCUUACAGGCUAAAGUGGAGGAAGCGGGCAGAAAGAAAUGUUCGUUGGGUAACAAGCUGUUCGGACGUUCUGGUCGACGAACUGCAGCCUCGCCGCCUCUCCUACGAGUUAACAGAGAGCUGCGUGAAGAAGUUGAACGAUUGAGAGCCAAGCUAGCAGCAGCAACGUCUACUGAUGCCCAUUUUCCUCCGACCCCAAGAAGAGAUAAGAAAGUCGAUAAACCAAAGAAAAUUGCAAAUGGAUACCUCGACAACGACGCACCGGAUCCAGAUUCUGUACUAGUCAUUUGGGCUGACGGUAAUAGAGAACAUAUGAACGCUCGAUGCGAGGCUUCACUUCUAGUUUUGAAGAGAAACGAUCAGACAUUAAGGGCUCGACUGUGUCCCGACCGCUCUCUUAUACACCUACCGCAUAAUGAAGCCAAUCGAGCUUUUGGAAUAAAGCUAGAACAAGCAGACGGUGGCACGGAGGCCAUAGUUGUUUGUCCGAGCAUAACAAGUAAAUGUGACUGGGUUUCGCGACUGACGCCCGUCGUACAGGGAGGAUUCCAACCAUUGACGCUUCUACAAACCAAAACAAACCCAACCACCGCCUUAUACUUCGCACCCGUCGCUUUAGCUAUAGGUUCCAGUGAGGGUCUUCAUUCUCUGCGUGGCUCUGUGCGUGUGGAGUGGGAGGAGUCAUCCCCACCCCGCGGUGUUCACUCAGUUGAACAUCUAUCAGUGGCCAGUACACGUGUGUUGAUGGUCAGUGGAGGACGUCUGGUCCACGCGGGCCGACUCGCUCUGGGCUCGGCCCUGCGACGCGCUGGAUCACUACAACCAAGCGUAGUAUUCGCUAGAGUUCAACUCAACGACAACACGCCACCCCAUCUUGUUAAGGGUAUCGCAGAUGCCACGGAGGGUCCUUGUGCAGCGGUGGCUUGCGGUCGUAGAGUCUAUUUACUCAAGUUCGACGCUACCAACACGCAGUUUAAAACAUCACGCUCCUUAACUGUCGAUCGACCGCCUUCCUCUCUACUCAUUGCAAAUAAUGUUCUAUACAUCGCUGGAGAGAAACCAUUAAAAAUUAAUCUACCCUCAGGAGCAUUGGAGUCGUUUGCCAUGGACGAACCGAUAAUAUCUGCCGCUUUCAAAAAACACUCGGCACCCAAAGCUAUCUUACAAAUAAGUAGUAAACCUGUGGAACUUCUUUUGUGUUAUCCUGAGUGCGGUGUCUUUGUAGAUGAAAAUGGUAAGAGAACACGCAGUGAGGACCCCAAGUGGAGCUAUGCUGUACAUGGAUGGGAAUAUGUAAACCCGUUCCUGUACUGUGUCGGCGAAGACAAAGUUACCAUAAUUUAUAUUAACGAAGAUACAUACAAAGCGCCUCCAUGUACGUGCGAUGCCACCUCGCUCGCGUCCUCCACCUCGGCUUCAGAAUACUACCAGCCAGAUAUAUUUAAUUAUAAAGUAAGACAGCCUGCUAUAUUGGGAACAGCACCAAACGGUAUCAUUAUGAGGUAUAAAAAUGAUGAUGACUAUAACAUUAUUAUCUUAGAAGGUAAAUUAGCGUUUAGAAGUAUUGGUGCUUCAUUGGAUUCUCUAAACACAGCGUCAGAUGUAAGAGGAUCUUGUUUAGACUUGGCGCAGUCUCUCACCGACCUGUCGCCUCAGGACGAAUCUCAGGAGAGUAUAGAAGUGACAACAGGAUUUCUUGCCGAUAUUAGGAAUAGGGCUCGACAGUUGAGGGAAAAGAACCGUCAUCAAAAAUCACCCGAUGACGUCAUCAAAGAAAUAUUAACCACCGAAGUUGGUUUGAAGAGAACCACGAAUGGUAGGAAAUCUCCAGCGUUGACGUCUGAGUUCGAUUCAGAUUCAGAGACUGAGAGUGAAGAUCAAAGAACCGGCUCGACUCAAUGUACGGCCGAUGUAUGCGCCGAGAUGUUCACGAGACAGGUCCGCUUCCAAUAA